AUGGCGGGUGAUGCAUGCGAAGCAGGAGACUGUCCAUUCAGAAAAACACAUACACUACAAACAAAAGAUCCAACGACUUCUAUAUCUCAAAACAAAACCCAGCUGUUUGAAGAUAUUCCAGGGCCUAAAGGGCUGCCAAUCGUGGGAACUUUGUUUGAUUACUUUAAAAAAGAUGGACCUAGAUUUAAUAAAAUGUUUAAAUCCUACCAACAAAGAGCUUUCGAAUAUGGACCAAUAUAUAAAGAGCAAAUAGGAGCAAUAUCAACCGUAGUAAUCAGUGACCCUCUUGAGUACAACAAGGUAAUCCGUUCAGAAGGGAAAUAUCCAAACAGAAGAGAAAUGGAACCAAUGGCACAUUAUCGAAGGAAAAAGGAAAUUGGACUAGGGCUGGUUAAUGCACAGGGAGAAGAGUGGCACAGACACAGAACUGUGGUCAGUAAGAAAAUGUUGAAAAUGAAAGAGGUGUUGGCAUAUUGUGAGGGAUUGGACGUAGUAGCAGAAGACUUUGUAAAACAUCUUAUGGCCAGGCUUGAUGAAAAAUUCGAGGUCAAAGGACUAGAGACAGAUCUAUUCAAGUGGUCCAUGGAAUCAAUAGGAAUUUUUUUGUUUGACGAAAGAAUAGGAUGCCUUGGAGAUAGAACACCACAACAGGCCCAAGACUUUAUCAUAAAUCUACAUGGUUUCUUUAAACUGAUGCAGCCGUUGAUGUACAAUCUGCCAAUAUAUAAAUUAUACCCCACUAAAACAUGGAAACAGUAUGAACAAUAUACAGACAAUAUCCUGAAAAUAGGACGAUCUUAUGUAGAUAAGAAAGCUGAGCAGCUUCAGUUUGCAGAGAACCAGAGCAAUGACCAUGUACCAUUCCUAACAUAUUUAUUGUCGGAUCAAUCCCUCACCCCAGAAGAAGCUCUGUCAACAGCGACCGAUCUUCUAGUCAGCGCAACGGAAACGACAACGACCAGCUCUUUGUGGAUACUAUACAGCUUAGCAAAGAACCCUGAGGUACAGGAAAAGCUUUACAAAGAAACAAUGGAUCUGAUACCAAAUAAAGAACCAAUAACACCUGAAAUACUAAGUCAACUAUCAUACCUUAAAGCUGUUGUAAAGGAAACCUUCAGAUUGUAUCCUAUAACAUUUGCCACAAGCAGACAUAUAGAUGAUGACUUGGAAGUCAACCAAUACAUGAUCCCUGCAGGGACGCAUGUCCAAGGGAACUUAUAUGCUAUGUACCAUGAUCCAAAACUAUAUCCAGAUCCAGAGAGCUUUAAACCAGAAAGAUGGAUGGACGGUAAAAUGGAUAGGAAGCUCAAAUCACUGUCAAACUUGGUCUGGGGUCAUGGAGCAAGAAUGUGUAUUGGCAAAAGAUUCGCAGAACAAGAGAUGUAUAUAAUGUUGACCAAGAUAAUUCAAAAUUUCAAAUUGGAAUACCACCAUGAAGAUAUUGAACCUAUCCUGAAUACGGUAAUGACACCCGACAGACCACUCAGACUGAAAUUUAUUCCUCGAUCGGACUGACAUCAAUACUCAAUACAAUGAUAACAGUGUGUUCAGGAGGAAGAAGUGUAUACAUGUAGUUUGUCGGAUUACGUAUGACUCUGUGAUAUUCUAUUUCUGUGAUAUAAUAAACUUCAAACAUUUCAUUUAUAACAUAGACUGAUCUUUUAACAAUGUGGUAAAGCUGUUCUCUUGAAAAAAUAUUUCUGCUCAUUUCUUAACUUUUCAUGACAAAAUUCCGAUGUUCAAAAAAUAUUUGAGAAUAGUUUACAGUAAAGUACUUCCAGCAUUUUUUUUAAUAUUUCAACUUUAGUAAAAGAGUUAACAUGUCUCUUUAGUUAUGGAUAACAAUAAUACAAAUGCAUAAGGAAAUAAAAGAAGUUAACAGUAUUUCAAAAGUAUGUUUUAUUGUUGGUAUCUUUGCACUUUAAUUAUGUGUUUCUUCCAAUCUGAAUGCAGUUAUAUAAUUAGUUCAAUGGGAGAAAUUGUAAUUAAUGACAACACUUUAUAUAUAUCUCAUACAAUUAAUAAUAUGAUAUAAAAAUUAACCAGAACAGACAAAUGAAUAAAACAGUAUACUGUAAAGGGGAAAAUAAGGGACAAGAAAAAACGGAUAUUAGAAAUUGCAAAAUGUAAACCCUUGGAUAAUAAUCAUUUAACAGUAUUCUCUCUUCACCCUUUUUAAAGCAAGGGAAUGAUAAGCUUUUAUGUCAUUACUACCACUGGGUCAAAACCUCUGCUGGUGAACUGUUAGUCCCCGAGGGUAUCACCAGCCCAGUAGCCAGUACUUUGGUACUGGCAUAAAAAUACAGAUAUUGUGUGAUUAAAUUUAUAAAAUUUUGGAAAUCAUCUUAAACUAGAUAUGGACA